ACAAGCAAAGGUACCGGGUACGACUUUGUCCUUUUUUUACAACAUUUAGAAAGGGGGCAACAUCGCUGUGAAGUCCAUAAGGCCCGCUCAAACACCACCAAAAAGGGAACUAAAUACCGAAAAUGUCUGCAAAUAAAGAUGGUGAUGGUGGAUGGAAGACCUUUAUCUGGAAUUCUGAAAAGAAGGAAUUUUUAGGACGCACAGGCGGCAGUUGGUUCAAAAUCUUCAUCUUCUACGUAAUCUUCUAUGGCUGCUUGGCUGGAAUUUUUAUUGGCACCAUCCAGGCCAUGCUCAUGACUCUCAGCAACUUCAAGCCCACAUACCAGGACAGGGUUGCACCCCCAGGCUUAUCACACUCCCCACGCCCGGACAAAGCAGAAAUCAUCUUCUCCAUGAGCGAUAAUAAGACUUACAAUGCAUAUGUGGAUCAUAUUAAGGAGUUUUUGAAAACAUACGACAGGGAAAACCAGAACGAUGACCGCAAAUUUGAAGAUUGUGGAGUGAAACCCCAAACCUAUAUGGAGCGUGGAGAUCUGGAGAGCGAUGAAGGUGUGAGGAAGGCCUGCCGCUUCGAUAGAGAGUGGCUGAAGGAUUGCUCAGGAAAGAAAGAUGACAAAUUCGGCUUUAAAGAAGGCAAACCCUGCCUCAUCGUUAAACUGAAUAGGAUUGUGAACUUCAGGCCACGGCCUCCAGCUUCAAAUGAGAGCAUCCCUGAGCCAAUCCGCCCUAACGUUCAGGGCAAUCUGAUUCCAAUCCACUGCACAAACAAGAGAGGAGAGGACGCAGAACAUCUCGGACAGGUCGAGUACUUCGGGGUGGGGGCUGGUUUCCCCCUCCAGUAUUAUCCUUACUACGGAAAGCUGCUACAGCCCCAUUACCUCCAGCCUCUGGUGGCCGUCAAGUUCCACAACAUCACUCUGAGUCACGAAAUGCGCAUCGAGUGUAAAGUAUUCGGACAGAACAUCGAUUACCACGAGAAGGACCGUUAUCAGGGACGUUUUGACAUCAAAAUCACCAUCAACUCGUGACCUUAGCUAUGAAAAUAGCACUUUUAUUCUGCCCAUUUCAAAACACAGUAAUUUCAGAUGAAUAAACAGAGACAACAAUUACAAAUUCAAUUGGAAAAACAACUAUGACAACUAGUCUUGAACAAAGUUUCAUAACAUACGGGACCUACACUUAAUCUGAACGCUUUACACUAGCUUUCUUUGCAUGUCUAGGGUUAGAAUGUAAAU